AAGUGAACAAAGAUGGACGCGACACAGAUGCUGUCAUCAUCUCUUCGUCGUAGUGGUGGUACUUUACAGAGUCAGCAAUCAACCACGGUUCUUUGUCAUAUCCUGUGAUCACUUUACAUACUUCAAGUCGCCGAGUUGGUAUUACCUAUUUAUCCUUCCAAUUGCGAAUACAACUGAACCGAAUCGUUCUUUAAUCGUCCCUGAGGAAAAUCGCGACCGUGUCUCGACCUGUCAAUCAAUCAACACAACAGAUCGCAUGAUCGCAUUCUACUACGUCUAGUGUACAUAUCCUUGCCGAACGACAGGCCCGUCAAAGAAGCACUGACGCUACGUUUGCAACUGGCUCGACCGACCGACCUCAAUCGAUACGUAUUCGAUACAACACUCCUCUUUCUCCAUCUCACCGUUCACCAUCCACCUCCUUCCUCCGUCGCUAGCUAUCCCCUUCAGUCCGUCCUUCCUCUUGGCGACAGGAAGGUGAAACCGUUAAGCAGUUACAAGACCACCGUAUGUACCUGGGUUGUAACUUACCCUACUGAGAACCAGUCCCGUCAGUGCAGUCUAGGGAAGUGGUACUGUUUGGACACAGCAAACACAACUAAAAGCAGGUGAAACUCGCUGGCCUUGGCGAUCGUCCCGUCGCCCAUUCAACACGCGCCCUGAUCUUCUUUCCUUCUUCCUAGCUACACGCUACCUCUACCUGUACCUACACUAGACCCGGGCAAGCAAACAUCGAUCCAGAACCUAGACCUACUAUUCCACCGACCCGCGGCUGAUGAUUUGACGACUGCUGCUCGACCUUCUGCGACUGGCCUCCGCCGCUGCCACUGCCACUGACUGCUAAGACGACGACGACCCUUGCUUUGCGACUGCACUACUUACCGCACGGAUCCAUAACCAUAUCCGCCAGAUAUCGACAUCGAUCGACUCUACUAACCGCGCCCGUGUAAUUCGACUGGACUGGCACCGUCUUCUCCAUUCAGUUCCUGCUCUGCUCUGCCACAAUCAUCAUGACCGAGACGGCUACAUCUUGUCACCACGACCGAGAUGAUCGUCCCGAGAGGACUGGUCGCCGACGACCCUUCUCGUCGCUGAUGAAAAAGUUGAAGAGCAUGAAGCCCGGCGAUGCUGUUCGACAUGCCAGCUCCAAGCGAAACAACCUCAAGAAACAGACCGACAACAACCCGUACGCCGCCGUUGGCCGCUCCAACUCGGACCACAUCCAGAUCGCCCUGACCCCGCCGCCGACCAGUCAUUAUUCGCUAUCUUCGGCAAGAAGCGCGAGAACAUCGAGCACAACAUCGAAUGAACCUUCCGAUGAGUCUGUCAGGUUGUCCGCCGACGGUCGCCCACCCCCAACCAUGGGCGGUCGAUCGACUAUAGCUCCAACUGUCGUCACUGAUCACGAGACGUCGUGUUCUAUGGCCGCGCCGUCGUACGGGGCCUCCUCGGUCACUGGCACAACUCGCACCGUAAAUAUCGACUCUCGUCGGGGAAAUGAUAGCACCUUUUCGUCCCCCGCGCCGUCUGUCCGCUCCUUGACUACAACCCUGACGACAAUACAAUCUUUGAUGCCCAAUGGCGCCGCUACGAUGCACAACAACAGCAGCAACCAGAACAGCACCAAUACGUCCAACAGCCCUAAUCACCACCAUCACAACCAUCAUUCUCAGCACUCCAACUCACAAGUCAUCCACUUCAACCAACCUUUCCCAACGACGGCCACUCCCGUCUCCGCCAUUCCAGCCCAUCUUGUCCCCCCGGGUCAGGGUGGAAACUCGCCUUUCUACCCAACAACCUACCAUACCGCCACGGCGAACAAUCUGCUGACCGACAACGCCUCCAUUUUGACCCUCGCAUCCUCCUCCAAGCGCCGCCGUCGCCGCUCCUUCGACACUGACGCCUCGGUCCGUGCUCUCGCGCCCUCUUCUCUCUUCGGAGGCAGUCGCGAGUCUCUUCCUCUCAGCGUCCUCAGUUCCAACAUGGAAGGUGGCACAAGUGGGGGCAUUACCGGCGCCACUACGCCCGGUGGUUUAUACCGUGGACCCAACGGCUUAGCCAACGAUCGCACAAGCAUUUACUCGUCUACUACAGGAAUCCUAGCCAGCGACAGGAACAGCUUCUACGCGAAGCAGGCCAUCGGCGGGCCGGGUGCUGGAGGAGACGCAGCUAGUGUGAGGAGUGGGCUGCUGGGGCAUGGAAGGGCGGAGAGUAUCAGUGGCAGUAUCGGUGGGGGAUUUACUUCUGCGCCGAUGAACGGGAGCUUGGUCGGGCUCACGGCUGCGGCGUCGCCUAGUCCAUUGGCUAGUCCGAGGGAUAGGGACAGGGAAAGGAGAAUUAGUGGCGGGGUGGGUAAUGUGGAUGAGGAUGUUGAAGGGGAGGAGAGGGCAUGAUGGAGUUUGGGCUGUACGGGUGACGAGGAUCAAUGGAAUGAAUAAUGGUAAAUACGCUGAGGAAUUGGGACAGGACAGGAACAUACUAAUGGCAUGGUGUUCUGGGACGGAAACAGGGUAAUGGGUGAAACAGGAUCCUCGGGUUAUAUGUCUGGAGCUCAAGUGUUGGCGUUUUGUUCCUCUGUCUAUCGUGUGCAUUGUUUUUUUCAAGUGAGAAUGGGAUACCUCUGCAAGCUCUGAUGGUCACUAUGGAAACAGGCAAGUUCUCUUUGACUGAAAAUCUUUUCUGGGCUGUUGAUUCAUCUUCUGGCAUCAAGUUCCUGGCUUUUGUCUUGUUCAACUUUAGUUUUACUUGCCAUGUUUUCCUCAACACCGCUGCAUUUUCUCGGGACUCGAUCUCGCUUUCGGAAUGUUCUUUUCCUGUUGUUGGUUUUUCAUCCCUUUCUUUGGGCAUCCUUGUUCGGCGCCGUUACCUCUUGCUUCUUUUCAAUCGUUCCCUCCCCAUCGGGGUCUGUUUUCGUCUCUGUUCGGUUCCAUUAGGGCGCUAUUGGUUGGCGUUUACAUCAAUGUAUUGUAUAUAUAAUUCGUAACAAUUCCCAAAGAAAGGUGACAUCACACAACGCAAUUUCAAUACGAUGUUUAGAC